UUUACCUCUUCCUCCUCGGCGUCUUGGAGCAGGAUCCGGCCCCGGAAACCCGGACGGUAGACGCGGCAUCUCUGCUGCGUGGGUGUGGUAGUCUGCGGAAGAGGAGAAGCGACUGGCGGAUAAAUCGGCCUCGAAAAGCUGUGUUUUCGUUGCCGCCCGGCGCGACACUCUCCCGAACCCAGCAUGUAGGUGCCUGGCGGGUGCCAUGAACUCCGGAGCCAUGAGGAUUCACAGUAAAGGACAUUUCCAGGGUGGAAUCCAAGUCAAAAAUGAAAAAAACAGAUCAUCUUUAAAAUCUGUGAAAACUGAUAACAAACCAGAAAAAUCCAAAUAUAAGCCACUAGGGGGAAAAAUAUUUUACAUUGACCUACCUUCUGUCACCGUAUCUGAAAAACUGCAAAAGGAUAUUCAGGAUUUGGGAGGGCGAGUUGAAGAAUUUCUCAGCAAAGAUAUCAGUUACCUUAUUUCAAAUAAAAAGGAAGCUAAAUUUGCACAAACAUUGGGAAGAAUUUCUCCUGUACCAAGUCCAGAAUCUGCAUAUACUGCAGAACCCACUUCACCUCAUCCCAGCCAUGAUGGAAGUUCUUUUAAGUCUCCAGAUUCAAUGUGUUUGAGCAGAGGAAAAUUAUUAGUUGAAAAAGCUAUCAAGGACCAUGAUUUUAUUCCUUCAAAUAGUAUAUUAUCAAAUGCCUUAUCAUGGGGAGUAAAAAUUCUUCAUAUUGAUGACAUUAGAUACUACAUUGAACAAAAGAAAAAAGAAUUAUAUUUACUCAAGAAAUCAAGCACUUCUAUAAGAGAUGUGGGGAAAAGAGUAGGUAUUAGCACACAGAAAGCAAGAACAGGUAGACUUAAAAAGCCUUUUGUAAAGGUAGAAGAUAUGAGCCAACUUUAUAGACCGUUUUAUCUUCAGCUGACCAAUAUGCCUUUUAUAAAUUAUUCUAUUCAGAAGCCCUCCAGUCCAUUUGAUGUAGAUAAGCCAUCUUGCAUCCAAAAGCAAACACAGGUUAAACUAAGAAUCCAAGCAGAUGGCAAUAAAUAUGGAAUCCCAAUUCAACUCCAGUUGAAAGAGAAGAAAAAAAAAGGAUACUGUGAAUGUUGCUUGCAGAAAUAUGAAGAUCUUGAAACUCAUCUUCUAAGUGAACAACAUAGAGACUUUGCACAGAGUAAUCACUAUCAAGUUGUUGAUGAUAUUGUAUCUAAGUUAAUUUUUGAUUUUGUGGAAUAUGAAAGAGACAUGCCUAAAAAGAAAAGAAUAAAAUACAGUAUUGGAUCCCUUUCUCCUAUUACUGCAAGUGUCCUGAAAAGGUCUGAACCAAAGGAAAAGCUAGAAUUGCAACAUACUUCUCAGAAAGACUUCAAGGAAAAUAAUGUACAGGCAGUUGAGCAGCAUUUCCUGUAUAAAGAAGUCCAGGAGCCUGAAAAAAAGUUUGUGUUUAUUUCAGAAUGCAUCCCCUACCCUGCAAGUGAAUUGAGAGGAUUUGAUGAGAAAGCAACUAGUAAAUGUUCCAUGUCAAAUCCAGCUGAAAAUCACCUAAAACAAAAUUUUACACAUCUUCCUCCACAUAAAAGUAAACAGGGAUGUAUUCUUGACAUUUCUGAACAUAAAUUAAUGAUAAAUGAAAGUGGCUUUGAAGAACUAAGGGUAGAUCACUGUCCAUGUAGGCUACAGACAUCUGUACAAGUACCUAACGUCAGUAUGGAUAAUACUGCAUCUCAACCAAAACAAAAGUCAGAUACUGUGCUUUUUCCAGCAAAGGAUGUGAAGGAAAAGGACCUUCAUUCAGUACUUGGUCGUGAGUCUGGUCUGUUAGCAACAAACAGUUCACAGGAGCACCUAACAGCUCAGGUACAGACUCCAUCCCGAAGUCCCCCUGAGGAACCCAGUGAAUGCAACUUCCACAAUAUGGAUAGUUUACCUUCUGGUAAGAUUCAUCGGAAAGUGAAAAUAUUAUUAGGAAGAAAUAAAAAAGAAAAUCUGGAACCAAAUGUGGAAUUAGGUAAGAAAAGAACUGAAUAUAUUACACAAGAAAGGAAUAGAAUUUGUAGUUCACCAGUACAGUCUCUACUAGACUUGUUUCAGACUAGUGAAGAGAAAUCAGAAUUUUUGGGUUUCACAAGCUACACUGAAAACAGUGGUAUAUGUGAUGUUUUAGGUAUUUGGGAAGAGGAAAAUUCAAAUAAUUUGUUGUCAGUGUUUUUCUCUUCCCCUUCAACUUCUACAUUUACUGGCUUUUAGACUUGAAAUAAGUAUUCAGAAGAGUUGAAGAAAGAUCAUAUUCUAGAAAAUUUUAUAAAUCUAUGAGAGUGCUUAGCUUUAUUUUUCUUUUUGCCAACUUUGUUUACAGAACCAAGUGUAAAUAUUAAAGUGUAACCUUUAACAAUAAAGUGGUGUUUGCAUUUUUCUACAGAAUUGGAUGCCUUUUAUAGAAAAUUAUAGAAUAAACUUGUGACUUGUUUUACA